GACCGAUACCACCAUCAAAGCCCUCCUUCCAAUACUGCAAGGCAGCUUACCUUCCUGACCGACUAUGCCUAUCUCACCAUCUGCUUGCACCUUUGCGGCUUUGGUCGAGCAAUUUAUGAGGCUCAGCAUGGCAGGUGCAACUCUUGUUGGCCCAGAAGGCGAUUACUCCCAGCCUUUCCCCGCUGAAAUGCCCCCCUCGUGAUGUUCAUCUCAUGAGUAUAUCUACCCGUCUCCUCGUAGACCAUGAGGUGCGGGCUUUUGCUCGACAUUCUUUUUUGUUACCGCCAUCAUUGUUGCAUUCAUUCCUACAGACCAUCGAGCUUCUAGUAGUUUUACAAUACUUCUUGCAGUGUUAUCACACUUUCGAGGGUUCCAAAAAAGCUCACCAAGAUGGAUGCUUACUCGAUGUCAAUUAGUAGCGCUUCUCGGAGAGUCACCUCGAAGCUGUAUCAAGAUCUGAAGACAGCCAGGCUUUACACUUUUGACAGAUCACAUAAGGAACUAGGCAUCAUGGAUAGAAUCUUACAGUUCGAAUUUUUGGAUCCGAAUAGAAAACCACACAUUGGGAUUGUCGGUGCUGGUUUUGCAGGUCUUCGAUGUGCAGAUAUCCUCAUUCGAUAUGGCUUCCGAGUGACGAUCCUUGAAGCGCGUAAUCGCCUCGGCGGCAGGAUACAUCAAGAAAGGCUCCCCAGCGGCAAUCUGAUAGACAUGGGCGCCAACUGGAUCCAUGGCACUGAUGAUAACCCGAUCCUGGAUCUGGCAAAGGAGACCAAGACACACACUGGGGUCUUUGACAGCGAAUCGUGUGUUUUUGACGAAGACGGCACACUUCUAUCUGCACAGGAGGGAGAGAAAUUCUCAACGGUCAUGUGGAAUAUCAUUGAAGAGGCUUUUGAGUACUCUGAGAAGCACGGGACUCAAAUAGACGCGGACAAGACGCUGUUAGACUUCUUCAAGGAGCAAAUUCUCAAGCAAAUACCCGAUACACUAGAGGGAUAUGAACGACAGAGGAAAUUUGUCCUGCAAAUGGCCGAUCUUUGGGGGGCUUUUGUUGGCAGUCCAGUUGAGACACAGAGUCUCAAGUUCUUCUGGUUAGAAGAGUGUAUUGACGGUGGUAGGACAUCUUCAAGAGCUAACUCGUAUCACGCCGACAUUGACAUUACAACAGAAAAUUUGUUUUGCGCUGGGACCUACCACAAAAUCCUGGAGAGGGUAGCGAAGCCAGCUGUUGAUGGCGCUGAUAUUCGAUAUGGAACGCGGGUAUCGGAGAUAUACGGAAAAUCUACAUCACCCAAUGGAACUCCCAGGGCGAGGACUGCCGAUGGCCAGAUACUCGAGUUUGACGAGCUGGUUGUCACCACACCGCUUGGAUGGCUCAAACAGAACACCCACGCCUUCCACCCUCCUCUUCCAGAUCGACUAUCCAAAGCCAUCCAGAAUAUUGGAUACGGGUGCCUAGAGAAGGUGUACAUCUCCUUCCCAACUGCCUUCUGGCUUACACCUGAUGCAAAUGGACGGAAAGUCCAAGGAUUUUGCCAAUGGCUUUCGCCAAACUAUUCCAAAGACACCAAUCCCGCCGGUUGGACCAACGAGAUCGUCGAGCUCGCCUCCAUGGGGCCUUCUUCUCAUCCGACGCUGCUAUUCUACACAUACGGCGAUGAAUCACAACAUAUCACAUCCACCUUGCGCUCUCUGCCCUCGCAGAAAGAGAAACUCGACUUUUUGUUCAACUUCUUCAAGCCAUACUACUCACGGCUGCCGUCGUACGACGAGAACAACCCCGACUGCCACCCUGUAGUUGCGGUAGCCACUGACUGGCUUGGUGAUGAUUUGGCGGGGAAUGGUAGCUAUGCCAACUUCCAGAAGGGGCUCAAGGAGGGCGACAAAGACAUCGAGAUCAUGCGGCAGGGAAUAUCGGGUGAGGGGAUCUGGCUGGCAGGGGAGCACACCGCGCCGUUUGUUGCUCUGGGGACUGUGACAGGGGCUUACUGGAGCGGGGAGGGGGUUGCAAAGGAGGUGGCGGGGAGUUAUGGGAAGAGGAUGGCGGAGAAGCUUGGAAAGGAGGAUGCCAUCACCAACUGAAGCGUAGUUCAUCAUGAUAUCUGUGUCAAAACGGUGGCGGGGAGAGCGAGGUCCAGGCUAAUAAGGUAGCGGUUGGUUACAUUCCUGAGCGUCCACAGAUUAAUUGUUUUGGAUAAAGGUAGAGCAAUUACCUAUUGUAGCUUAGCAACGGCAAGUCACAGCGUUUUGUUUGCUGUCUGGAACUCCCUGCUGCUGUUG